AUGAGAGGAAGAAUAGAUGAGUCUCACUAUUGCAAAUACCACAGGGAAUACAGACACUCCUUAGAGAAAUGCGUGCAUUUGGCAGACGCAUACCAAGCUUUGAUAGAUAGGGGUGCCCCGAGCAUACAACGCUUCAUCAAAAAAGAAGGAAACCAAGCUGGUAAUCCAAGGCCCGUUGGUCAGGAGGCACGCCCCAACAACCCCCGGACAGUCAUCAACACGAUUUCCGGAAACUCCAAUAGGUCUCGCAAGGCAUACGCUCGAUCGAUCAACGCGGACAUUUUUUCGGUGGACGCUAGACCCACCAAGAUGAGACGACUAGUACCAGAGCCCAUCACCUUCACUGAUGAAGACGGGGAAGGACUGAUUUACCCACAUAGCGACCCAAUCAUCAUUACGGCCUUGAUUGCGGACUGCGAGGUAGCUCGUGUCCUGGUUGAUGGCGGUAGUGCGGUAAACAUCAUCUCGGCUGUAGCGUUUGCAAAGCUAGGGGUCGAGCCCGGAAUGCUGACACGAGGAACUGCAUCACUGACCGCAUACGGAGGUGCGAAGAUCCAACCAAUCGGUCACAUGCCGUUGACACUCUCUUUGGGGACUUGGCCCAAUGUUGGGACCUGCACAACCUUGUUUGUGAUAAGCGACUGCCCGUCAGCUUAUAAUGUCAUUCUCGGACGACCAACACUCGGGGACCUGAUGGCUAGAGUCUCAUACUAUCACUUAACAUUGAAGUUCCCUACGUCAAGCGGUAUAGGAAAAGUUAGAGGAGACCAGGCUCUAGCAUGA